GUAGUCGUCGAAAAGGAUAAAGAGGGGAAUAAAUCGGCAGUGAGAGAAAUGCUCCAUAGGAUAAUACAGAAGAAAGAUUGGUUCUCGCCCUUUCUAGAAGCCCUGAGGGGAGCUGACCAUGCAGACAUGGCUGCUUACAUAAGUGGGCACCCAAAUGAACUAGGCAUAAAUGGAGCCGCUGAUUCAUCAGAUGAAAUGUAUGAGGCACCAAGUUCUGAAGUGGUGGAGAAUCUGCAGCCAAAAACUGAAUUACAAGAAGCUGUGGAGGAUGAGAAGAAUGUAUCAGAAAAAUCACUUGAAGACCUCCCUGCCAUUUCAGAAUCUGAUGUCAGUUUGCAAGAAACAAAUGCCUAUGAUGUGAAUGCAAACUUCGGACAGAUGAACCUUUACAGUGAUGAUUCAGAUCCUAUUGAAAGUGGACACCAAAGACCAUCCUCUGAAAAAGAGCUGAGUCUGAGAGACUAUCAGAUGGAAGUGGCCAAACCAGCUUUGGAAGGGAAAAAUAUUAUUAUAUGCCUUCCCACAGGCACUGGCAAGACCCGAGUUGCUGUUUACAUUGCCAAAGACCACUUAGAUAAAAAAAGACAAGCAAAAGAGUGUGGAAAGGUUAUAGUUCUUGUCAACAAGGUGCCAUUGGUGGAACAGCAUUUAGAGAAUGAAUUUGGUCCCUAUAUGAAGCAUUCAUACCGAACACUAGGACUGAGUGGGGCGUCUCAGCUGAAAUUUUCAUUCCCUGAACUAAUUAGAGAUUAUGAUGUGAUUAUUUGUACAGCUAAGAUCCUGGAGAAUGCAUUGGAGAAAGUGUAUGAAGAUGGUGAAGAAAGGGUCCAGUUAUCAGUGUUCUCCUUGAUGAUCAUUGACGAAUGCCAUCAUACCCAGAAAGGAGCUGUCUAUAACAAUAUAAUGCGUUACUACUUAAAAGAAAAAAGGGAAAAUGAGAAGCGAAAGAAAGAAGGAAAACGACUGGUGGCUCAGCCUCAGAUUCUGGGGCUCACAGCUUCACCCGGAGUGGGAGGUGCAAAAAAUCAUUCAAAAGCAGACGAACAUAUUCUAACAAUAUGUGCCAACCUGGAUGCAGAUGAGAUUGUGACUGUUCAAGAGCACAUUGUGCAACUGCAACAUCAAGCAAAAGAACCUCUUAAGAAAUUUGAGAUUGCAGAUGAUAAAAAGGAGGAUCCAUUUAGAGAGAAACUCGUAAACAUUAUGACUGAGAUUCAAGGCUAUGGUCAGUUCAGUCUAAACGUUGAUUUUGGAUCACAGGCCUAUGAACAGUGGGUAAUUCAGGAGGAAAAGCAAGCUGCCAAAGAAGGGAUGCGCAAAAAGCGGGUAUGUGCAGAACACUUGAAGAAGUACAACGAUGCCUUGCUGAUUAAUGAUACUACCCGAAGGAUUGAUGCCUAUAACCAUCUGAAGAAUUUUUAUGAGGAAGAAAGGAGCAAAAAGGUGGCAAUGGAUGAAGAUAAAGAAGAAGAUGAAUGCACGGCCUCUCAGCUAGAUGAAACCGAUACAUGUCUUAUAGAGUUGUUUUAUGACAGAAAAAGAGAGCUGGAAGAGUUAGCUAAAAAUCUACAAUAUGAAAAUGAAAAACUAACAAAAUUGCGUACAACUUUAAUGCAACAAUUCACAAAGAACAAUGAACCCAGAGGAAUUAUUUUCUCAAAAACUCGUCAAAGUGCAUUUGCUAUCUCUCAGUGGAUUAAUGAUAAUCCCAAAUUUGAAGAAGUUGGAGUGAAGGCUCACUACCUCAUUGGUACAGGACAUAAUAGUGAAUUUCAGCAUAUGACUCAGAAUGAACAAAAAGAUAUCAUUCAAAAGUUCCGUAUUGGCAAAAUCAACCUAUUAAUUGCUACUACCGUAGCAGAGGAAGGCCUGGAUAUCUCAGAGUGCAACAUUGUUAUCCGCUAUGGUCUGGUUACCAAUGAAAUAGCGAUGAUGCAGGCUCGGGGAAGAGCUCGAGCUGAGGAAAGCAUCUAUGUGCUUGUAGCUUCAGAUGGAUCGGGAGCUGCUGAACGUGAAAAUCUUAAUAUGUGUCGUGAGAAAAUGAUGCAUCUAGCAAUUAAGCGCGUCCAAAAGAUGCCACAUGAAAAGUAUUUGCAUAAGAUCAAAGAGCUUCAGCUGCAAAGCUGCAUGGAGAUGAAAAUUAAGGCAAAGAAAGAACAGUUUAAACAAUACAAGGAGAACCCCUCCCUGAUCAUGUUCCACUGCAAAAACUGCAACAAUCAAAAAUGCUCAGGAGAUGACAUUCAAGUUAUUUUAAAUAUGCAUCAUGUCAAUGUUAAAAAGGAAUUUGCAGACCUUUAUAUCGUAAAGGAAAAUAAGACACUGCAAGCAAAAAAAGCAGAUUAUCAAACAAAUGGGGACAUUAUCUGUAGAGAUUGUGGCCAGAUUUGGGGAACUAUGAUGGUAUACAAAUGUCUAGAUCUUCCUUGCUUAAAAAUCAAAAAUUUUGUGGUGCAUUUCAAAGAUAAGAAACCAAAGAAACUAUACAAAAAAUGGAGCGAAUUAGCCAUUAAUUUUCCAGCUUUCAGUUAUGCAGAUCAUUAUAUUUCUAGUGAAGAAGAUUAAGAAGGCCAAAAGACUCUAACGACAGAUGGGAAUUUUUUUCUGCCUUCAGGUUUCCAAAGACAAGUUCAAAGAAACCUUUUUCUUAUAUUUGAAUGACUGCAGAUAUUGUGCAAAAUCUUUUCGUUUUUUCUGUAGCAUUCAGGGUUCUGUAUUUGUGAAUGGAGACAGUUCAGAUUUAAGUCACUGUGUGAAAAGAAAAACAUAGUUCCUGGGGCUACAUUUCUAACCAGGAUAUAAAAUGAUUCAGCGUGAGAAUUUGCUUUUUACUUUAAUGGGAUUUUCUGCAGUGGACAAAAAAGCCAUGCCGAUAAAGAAUUAUUUUAUUAAACUUAGAUCAAAUUUAUGCAAAAGGCUCUUAUAUUCUAGACUAUAGACUAUAUUACAAUAUAUUUGUAUUUUACCCAGAUGUGUCAUUCUUUUAAGUAUUUGGCAGUUUGAAGUUUCAAAUUCAAUGCUAAAUGGAAAGAAAAAUUGUUAAACGAGCCUUUGGUUCUUUUUGGGUUUAUGGUAGUUUGUUUUAGCUCCAUGCCAUUUCCUUGCUUUCCCUAGAUGAUUAUUUUACAUGGCUAAAAUGACUACAAUAAAAUUCUAAUGCAAUAAGCCACAUUGUUCUUAACAAUGCUUAUAAAGAAGUGAGUUGAAAAUAGAAGUAUUUGACGUGUUUGUGGAUCCUAAUACAAAUUUAUGAUGCUUCCACAUUUUCCAUGUCUAUAAACAAUU